UUGAUGAGGCUUCGAGAUCGGGAGUGGCAUUCCCCGGCCUCCCAGAGAUUCGUCGAUCAGGGGGAUCGGUUCAUACCCACCAGGAGCCUGAUGAACCUGGACUUCGCUCGGUCCUCGCUGAUGCGGCACCCACGGCGAGACGGCGCCACGGUCGAUCGCCCCGACAUCUUGACUCCCAAGGAAGAGUAUAGGAGGCGCGUCGAGGAGAGUUGGACGCUGGAUUCCCAAGGGAAGCCGCUCAAGAUGUUGGUUUUCAGAGGAAGCCCAAGAAAAUCCCAUCCCAGUGUUCUGAUGGUGGAUGAGAUAUUGAAAGAGCAGCGGGAACCGCCAAGAUCCAUUAGGCGCAUUCGGCAUCUUCCCCAGUCAGCCGACCGGAUUCUAGAUGGGCCAGAGCUCAUUGAUGAUUACUAUCUCAACCUCAUGGACUGGGGGAAGAGCAACAUCUUGGCAGUCGCCUUGGGGCGUUCACUGUGCCUCUGGAAUGCUGCCAACUCCAUGGUGCAGUUGCUGCUAACCACGGAUGUGGAUGAUCACCCCACCAGUGUUGCAUGGUCUGUGGACGGGAAGAUGGUGGCCGUAGGAUUUGCGAGCUCCAAAGUUGAGAUCUGGGAUGCUAUAGCCCUGCAACAGGUCAGGAUCCUGGAAGGGCACUUGGCUAGAGUUGGUAGCCUUUCUUGGACGUGGAACAUGUUGUCGUCGGGCAGUCGUGAUGCAUCCAUCAGCAACCAUGAUGUGAGAUCUUUCCGCCAUGUCUCUUCCAAGCUCAAAGCACACACCGGAGAUGUUUGUGGCCUGAAGUGGUCAUGCGGUGGGGAUCUGCUGGCGAGCGGUGGCAAUGACAACCUCGUCCAUGUGUGGGAAUCCUCGAAGAUGGGAUCGUCAAGGUACCUCCACCGGUUCACCGACCACCGCGCAGCCGUUAGAGCCCUCGCGUGGUGCCCGUUCCAGCCGAAAACGCUGGCUUCUGGUGGUGGAACCGCCGACCAAUGCGUCAAGAUUUGGAACGUCCAAACCGGGAAGUGUACCAACAGCAUCAACACUUCUGCGCAGGUGUGCGCGCUGGAGUGGAACAGGUAUCAGAAGGAGAUCUUGAGUGCCCAUGGCUACAACCAGAAUCGUCUGAGCUUAUGGGCGUACCCUUCCUUGGCAAAGAUCACAGACUUCACAGGGCAUACCGACAGAAUCUUGCAACUUUCCCAGAGUCCAGAUGGAUCGACAGUGGUGUCAGCUGCAGCAGACGAAACGAUUCGUUUCUGGAAAGUGUUCGAGCCAACCCCAUGUUCUUCUCCUUCGAUGGAUGAUGAGGAUCGCCUGUUCUCGCUGAGAAGAACGCACAUAAGAUGAAGGAAAUC